UUAUCGAAGAAAAAAUAAUCGAAGUGCCACAAGGAGUUAAGUAUGUGGAAGUACCUGUAGAAGUGCCCUGUCUAUAUCCACCAAAAAUUGUCCCCAAAGUUGUAACGCAGUAUGUUGAAAGAAUCGUGGAAACGAUAAAACCAGUGGUUCAGGAAAAAAUUAUUGAAGUGCCACAGACGGUGAUUAAACAAGUGCCUAAGAUAAAAACAGUAGAAGUGCCUUAUUAUGUCCCUAGAUAUGUGGAAAAAAUUGUAGAAGUUCCUUUUAAGCCCAAUGGGGAGAUGCCUCAGUUGGGCACGCACAUCCCCUUCCCCAUUUCGGAAUCCUUUCCGCCCCUGAAGCCCACACAGUUUUUGAGCAACCCUGCGAGGCAGCCCGGCCAGUCUGAGCAGUAUGGCCAGUCUAGCCAACCUAACCAGCUGCAAGCGCAACGGUCCAUCCUGUCCCAAAUAAACUGUUUUGCCAGUUCCGGCAAAAGCGUUAUGAACAGCUCAGAACAAAUGUUCGGAAAUUUAACUAUGCCCCCAACUACGCUGAAGCCAAUAGGUGGCAACCCACCUGGCAAUAGCGCAACCAACACGCCGAGGAGCAUCCCGAGAAACGUCCCAAACGGUUCCAAUUCCCCCUUUAGCUCCAACCAGAAUAUUAGAAAGCACGAAAAUUUGUUCAGCCAAAUUGAGAACUUACCGUACAUACAUAAUUUACCUGAUGGCUUGAAAUGGCAAUAUCCUGAUGGGACCUUAUCGAAUCAGCAGCUCCACCCCAAUAGCAACAACGCAGUUCCACCACUUGUGUUCACUUGCCCACCAGAAAUUGGAAAAGUUACAUGCACAAAAAAGGACAUUCAACCGGACAUUCUCACCAAGACGGGUGUUUACGAAUUUGAUGGUUUUAAAAAAAAAGGAACAUCUCAGUCUUUGUUUCCCCCUCUGGCCCACCAUGACCGAGUGCCAUUCUUGCCUUCCCCAGCUUCACCUGGAACUCCAGACGUGAAGAACAUUCAGGAGAAUUACU